GUUUUUGUUUUUGGGAGGCUGGGACAGGAUUUGCAGACAGCAGCGCAGCUCGGGGGACACAGGCAGCGGCUCCUAUCCGGGCACAGCUCACAUCGCAGCGGGGAACAUGCCGUCAGAGAAGACCUUCAAGCAGAGAAGGACUCUAGAGCAAAGAGUGGAAGAUGUGCGAAUAAUAAGGGAGCAACAUCCAACCAAGAUCCCGGUGAUCAUUGAGAGGUACAAGGGAGAGAAGCAACUUCCAGUGUUGGAUAAAACCAAAUUCUUAGUACCGGACCACGUUAAUAUGAGCGAACUCAUCAAAAUUAUACGGAGACGUCUCCAACUCAACGCCAACCAAGCCUUCUUCCUCCUGGUGAAUAGCCACAGUAUGGUGAGUGUAUGUACCUCCAUCUCAGAGGUGUACGAGCAGGAAAAGGAUGAGGAUGGCUUUCUCUACAUGGUCUACGCAUCACAGGAGACUUUCGGGAUGAAAGACGCAUAAACGACGCAGCCCCAAUUUUGUUUUUCAUUUGAAGACAUUUGUUGUUUCUCCUUAGAGGAAAGCUGCACCAAAUUACAGGUCUUCUCAAGAUAGAUCCAUGUAUUCAUGCUACACAUGAAAUAUACAUUUUAAUAUGGCUCUUGAUAAUUGCUUAAAAUUAAAAAAUACAUGUGCUAAAGUCAGAGGAAGCCUAAUGAUAUUAUUCCUUGUGUAACGUGAUCAUUUCAUGUCCCCAUUAUGUAAAGGAUCUUUGUAGCAAGAGCGAUGCUUGAAAAUGACUUUUCCAUAACCAUGCCCAAAUGGUCUCUGUACGGCAAGGUUCGGGGCAAACUCUUUUACGUGAUCAGCAGUGGUCUUUCAUUGUAACUUGUGCGCCAUUGGAAUGCUCACAUACUGUCCAAGACUUUUGAGUUGCGUAUUAUCGUUUUAUUUUUGUUAACAUUUACAUUACAGCUGUUGCUUUGAGUUGACACAAAAGGACCGGCCGAAAGAGCCGUCGGAAAUGUCAGUUCAUGAUGUAUUUAUGUAGAAUAAGUGCUAAGUAUCUAACAGUUGACUAACGAGGGGUGUGACCACCUCAGACAAUUUUGGCGUAUUGAUAAUGAAAAGGUUUUGGAGGAUUUUUUAAAUUAAAAUGACUCCUAGUUCUGUUUUAACGCUUGUACAGUAAGAGGGAUGGGUGAAUUUGCAGUAUGCUAUGAAGUGGCAUGUUUAAAUGUACAUUUAUUCAAUUUUUUUGUAAUUAUUUUUUUCUCCUUACAAAGGGGUUUUCACUUAGUGCUGUAUCUAGCGGGGUUCCUGCUUUUAUUCAUAAUUAUACAUGUAUACAGACAUGGAUAGUGGACAUAGGCUACAGGCGCCGUUACUGACAGCUGGCUGCUGAUUGGCAGAGCAGGGGCUCCUGCGUUCAGUGGCAACAUUCAUUGGAAAUGUCCAAAAACACUUUUUUUUAUGCUUAAAGACAUAAUUAGCCCAGGGAUAGGCAAAUCCAUCUACUGCUGAAAGUCCAUUGGCUUUCUGAUUUAUAAUCCAAACCUGUGAUAAUGAUCUAUUGAAUUCAAUAAACUGCAGACUAAAAGAUGGCACUGUGCAGCCCUGGGUUCAUUACUGUAUUGGGUGCAGCACCACAUAGGGAUCAGUGAAGCUGGCGGGUUACCCAGCAAUGCAGCUCGAGUACUUUAUGCAGAAGCUAUGGACCCAGUGAUAAGAUAAGGCAUUGACUGGCCGAAGCUAAUCAACAUUCUGACCUUGUUAUUUAGGAUAGGUGAUCUAGAAACUUAUAAUACACUUAGCAAUACAUUACUCAGUUUCUGCUCUUACAUUUAUUUAGAUAUUAUGGUUUUCCACAUUUCAUUUUUUUAGCCUUAUGGAUUUGUGUUCAAUAACAAAGCUUACAAAAUUUUAGUUUUCAAUUUUAGUCUGUCUUUCUGUUCUUUUAAUGUUUUCCUGUAUAAAUAAAGCUUUUUUUUUUUUUUAUAAAGAU